AUGAAUUCCAAACACCAGCAAGUGAAACUAAAUGAUGGUCACUUCAUUCCUGGACUGGGCUUUGGCACCUAUACCCCUGAAGAGGUUCCUAAAAGUAAAACAAUGGAGGCCACAAAAAUGGCUAUAGAUGCUGGGUUCCGCCAUAUUGAUACUGCUCAUGCAUACCAAGUUGAAGAGGAGGUGGGACAAGUCAUUCAGAGCAAGAUUGCAGAUGGCACUGUGAAGAGAGAAGACAUAUUUCUCACUUCAAAGCUUUGGUGUACUUUCCAUCGCCCAGAGUUGGUCCAACCUAGCUUGGAAAGAUCACUGAAAAAACUGCAAUUGGAUUAUGUUGACCUCUAUCUUAUUCAUUAUCCAGUGCCAAUGAAGCCAGGGGAAGAUGAUUUUCCAACAGAUGAAAAUGGAAAGUCAAUGUUGGACACAGUAGAUUUUUGUGCCACGUGGGAGGCCAUGGAGAAGUGUAAGGAUGCCGGACUGGCCAAGUCCAUUGGGGUUUCCAAUUUUAAUCACAGGCAGCUAGAGAUGAUCCUGAAUAAGCCAGGGCUCAAGUACAAACCUGUCUGCAACCAGGUAGAAUGUCAUCUUUACCUCAACCAGAGCAAACUGCUGGAUUUCUGCAAGUCAAAAGACAUUGUGCUGGUUGCUUAUGGCGCUCUGGGAACUCAGCGACCUAAAAGAUGGGUGGACCCAGGCUCCCCAGUUCUCUUGAAUGAUCCAAUUCUUUGUGCCAUGGCAAAAAAGCACAAUCGAAGUUCUGCCCUGAUUGCCCUUCGCUACCUGCUGCAACGUGGCAUUGUGCCACUGGCCCAGAGUUACAAAGAAAAGGAGAUAAGAGAGAACAUACAGGUUUUUGAAUUCCAGUUGUCUUCAGAGGAUAUGAAAGUCCUAGAUGGCCUGAACAAAAAUUUACGCUAUCUACCUGCUGAAUUCCUUGCUGACCACCCUAAUUAUCCAUUUUCUGAUGAAUAUUAA